UUAGAUAUUUCACUAACUCACAUCACUCCUAAUACUAUAUGCAUUUACAAUUCAUUUCCCCAAUAUAUCCAUAUCCACCACCUCUUCUUGCAUUGACAUACACAAAUUAGAACUAGAAAUGGCCUCCCUAGACUACUCUUCCAACUCUCCCAAAACCCCAUCUUUUGCAUCCACACCUAAAACACCAACAAAUAAUAAUACACAAAAUCUCCAGAGCAGGUUUUUCAGAAGCAUUUCAACAAAAGAUGCCCCAUCCUUCUCGAACUUCCCCUACACCCCACCGCACCGCACCAACUCGCCUUCCUCCCAUACCCAAAGCCUCCAUGCCUCUCCUACCGCCUCUCCUCUCCACCCUCUCCAAUCAUCAUCUCCCUCCAAGAACCCCGACCUCCUCACCGCCUACCGCUGCAUCUCCUCCGUCCUAAAGAAGGACGGUCAGAUCUUGACAGUUGCUGCAUCAAAUGGCCUAGUUUACACUGGUUCCGCCAGCAACCUCAUUAGGGUUUGGAAGCUGCCAGAGUUCACGGAAUGUGGGCAGCUCAAGACCAAGGCUUGCAUGGUCGUGGCAAUGGAGGUGUCCCAUGACAAGGUCUAUGCAGCUUAUGGUGAUGGUAAGGUUAGGGUUUGGCAGAGAACGUGGGAUGGCGGGUUGAAGCACGUGAGGCUGGCCACAAUUCCGAAGACCGGAAGUUAUGUUCGGAGCUUAUACAUUGCCGCCGGGAAAGAUAAGAUGCAUAUGGGUGCUAUAACAUCUCUGGCCAUCAAUGUAUCAGAAGACAUCCUAUACUCAGCUUCCAUUGACAGAACAGUCAAAGUAUGGAGAAUUUCAGACCUAAAAUGCAUUGAGACCAUCAAAGCCCACGCUGGGCCGAUCAACGAGAUCAUCAUCGCCGAUGAUGGCGUCCUCUACACGGCCUCAGACGAUGCCACAGUCCGAGUCUGGCGCCGUAACUUCUGCCGUGGAGACCAGCUUCCUCAUUCACUCACUGUAACUUUACCCGCCAAGAAUUCCCCCGUCAAAACCCUAACCCUAACCCCAGAUGGCGGAGUUUUGUACGGCGGGUGCACUGAUGGGUACAUACACUAUUGGCUCAAGGGUUGGUUCUCUGGCCAAUUACAGUAUGGGGGUGCACUCCAAGGUCACACCCAUGCAGUGAUGUGCUUGGCCAGCGUGGCCAACUACGUGGUCAGUGGGUCAGCUGACUCCACAAGUAGGAUUUGGUCUAGAGAUGUGGAAGAUGGUCAGCACACUUGCCUGGCAGUGCUCGUAGGGCAUAGAGGGCCGAUCAGAUGUGUCACCGCGUUUUCCGGAAGAUUAGGGGAUGAGGCGGAGGAUGGUUGCACAAUUUGUACUGGAAGUCUUGACGGUGUUCUUAAAGUGUGGCGUGUGACCUGCACUAACAAAAUUGCUGAUAAUUUGUGUUCAGCACAAAGUGAGUGUGAGUAUUUUCAGCUGUAGUCGAAGAGAGGUGAGCAACUUACAUGGUACUAGGAUAGACAUUAUACCAUAGCGUCCUGUAUCAUGGAAGUUCUUCUUGGAAGAAAGGGUGACUUCAAUUUGGUAGGUAGCUGUAGCCUAUAGCUAAACUAACAAACUUGUCGUACUAUUGCUACAUAUAUAAUAUGUACAGAAUUCUGGUGUAGCUACUUUGCUCAUGAUCUAUGUUGUUACAUUUAUAUAGGAGUGACGUAGUUUGUGCUAAUUUUAGAAAGUAAACCAGUACUGUGCUCCCUUGGGCUUUCAAUAUACAGCAAAUAUUAGUUGCCCGUUGGAUAUGCAAAUUAAAUAAGUAGGGGGUGAAAAAACAUUUUGAAUCAUUGUAA